CAGCCGCGGAGCCCCGCGCGCGAGCGCGAGCAGGAGCCGGAGCGAGGAGCGGAGCACGGAGCGAGGGCGCGAGGGAGGCCGAGCGGAGGGCGCGAGGCGCCGCGGCGCGAGGGGCGCGCGGCCACGAGGAAGUGUAGUUUCUUACAGGGCUGAAUUGAAACAACUUCAGCUGUUUGCUUUUAGGAUGUCUCGCCGCAAGCAAGCGAAACCGAGAUCCCUCAAAGACCCCAACUGUAAACUUGAAGACAAGACUGAAGAUGGAGAGGCCCUAGACUGUAAGAAGCGGCCGGAAGACGGAGAGGAGCUGGAGGACGAGGCUGUGCACAGCUGUGACAGCUGUCUCCAGGUGUUCGAGUCACUGAGCGAUAUCACCGAACACAAGAUUAAUCAAUGUCAGUUGACAGAUGGGGUGGAUGUUGAAGAUGAUCCCAGCUGCUCUUGGCCGGCUUCCUCACCUUCCAGCAAGGACCAGACUUCCCCUAGCCAUGGAGAAGGUUGCGAUUUUGGAGAGGAAGAAGGUGGCCCUGGACUCCCAUACCCAUGCCAGUUCUGUGACAAAUCCUUUAGCCGCCUCAGCUACCUAAAGCACCAUGAGCAGAGUCACAGCGACAAACUGCCUUUCAAAUGCACCUACUGCAGUAGGCUGUUCAAACACAAGCGGAGCCGAGACCGCCACAUCAAACUGCACACGGGGGACAAGAAGUACCACUGCAGCGAAUGCGAUGCUGCGUUCUCCCGAAGUGAUCACUUGAAGAUCCACUUAAAGACUCACACGUCCAACAAGCCAUAUAAAUGUGCCAUUUGUCGCCGUGGGUUCCUGUCCUCUAGCUCCUUACAUGGACACAUGCAGGUUCACGAGAGAAACAAGGACGGCUCCCAGUCUGGCUCCAGGAUGGAGGACUGGAAGAUAAAGGACACUCAGAAGUGCAGUCAGUGCGAGGAAGGCUUUGACUUCCCGGAAGACCUCCAGAAGCACAUCGCGGAGUGCCACCCCGAGUGCUCCCCGAACGAGGACCGAGCGGCCCUGCAGUGUAUCUACUGCCAUGAGCUCUUCGUGGAGGAGACGUCCCUUAUGAACCACAUGGAGCAGGUGCAUGGCGGGGAGAAGAAGAACUCUUGUAGCAUCUGCUCGGAGAGCUUCCACACCGUCGAGGAACUGUACAGCCACAUGGAUAGCCACCAGCAAGCCGAGUCGUGCAACCACAGCAACAGCCCCUCUCUGGUCACAGUGGGCUACACUUCUGUGUCCAGCACGACUCCAGAUUCCAACCUCUCUGUGGACAGCUCGACCAUGGUGGAAGCUGCCCCGCCCAUCCCAAAGAGUCGGGGGAGGAAGCGGGCUGCUCAGCAAACCCCUGACAUGACCGUCCCCUCGAGUAAACAGGCAAAAGUGACCUACAGCUGUAUUUACUGCAAUAAGCAGUUGUUUUCGAGUCUGGCAGUUCUGCAGAUUCACCUGAAAACUAUGCAUUUAGACAAGCCAGAACAGGCCCACAUUUGUCAGUAUUGCUUGGAGGUGUUGCCCUCACUCUAUAACCUAAAUGAACAUCUGAAGCAAGUGCAUGAAGCUCAGGACCCAGGUCUGAUUGUUUCUGCCAUGCCUGCCAUAGUCUACCAGUGCAACUUCUGCUCCGAAGUUGUCAACGACCUCAACACCCUUCAGGAACACAUCCGAUGCUCUCAUGGAUUUGCGAACCCUGCUGCAAAGGAUAGCAAUGCGUUCUUCUGUCCCCACUGCUACAUGGGGUUUCUCACUGACUCUUCCCUGGAAGAGCACAUAAGACAGGUCCAUUGUGACCUCAGUGGCUCCCGAUUUGGGUCUCCGGUUCUCGGGACUCCGAAGGAACCUGUAGUAGAAGUCUAUUCUUGUUCUUACUGUACGAAUUCGCCAAUAUUCAACAGCGUUCUUAAGCUGAACAAGCAUAUCAAAGAGAAUCAUAAAAACAUUCCCUUGGCCCUGAAUUAUAUUCACAAUGGGAAGAAAUCCAGGGCCUUGAGCCCCUUAUCUCCUGUGGCCAUAGAGCAGACAUCUCUUAAGAUGAUGCAGGCGGUGGGCGGCGCGCCUGCGCGUCCGGCUGGAGAAUAUAUCUGUAAUCAGUGCGGUGCUAAGUACACAUCCCUGGACAGCUUUCAGACACACCUAAAAACUCAUCUCGACACUGUGCUCCCCAAACUGACCUGCCCUCAGUGCAACAAGGAGUUCCCCAACCAAGAAUCCUUGCUGAAGCACGUUACCAUUCAUUUCAUGAUCACCUCCACCUACUACAUCUGCGAGAGCUGUGACAAGCAGUUCACGUCAGUGGACGACCUUCAGAAGCACCUGCUGGACAUGCAUACCUUCGUCUUCUUCCGGUGCACGCUCUGCCAAGAGGUUUUCGACUCAAAAGUCUCCAUUCAGCUCCACCUGGCUGUGAAACACAGUAACGAGAAGAAAGUCUACAGGUGCACGUCCUGCAACUGGGACUUCCGCAACGAGACUGACCUCCAGCUCCACGUGAAACACAACCACCUGGAAAACCAAGGCAAGGUGCACAAGUGCAUUUUCUGCGGCGAGUCUUUCGGCACCGAGGUGGAGCUGCAGUGCCACAUCACCACGCACAGCAAGAAGUACAACUGCAAGUUCUGCAGCAAAGCCUUCCAUGCCAUCAUUCUGCUGGAGAAGCACUUGCGGGAGAAGCACUGUGUGUUUGAGACCAAGGCUCCCAACUGUGGAACGAACGGGGCUUCUGAGCAAGUGCAGAAGGAGGAGGUGGAGCUGCAGACCUUGCUGACCAACAGCCAGGAGUCCCACAACAGCCAUGACGGCAGCGAAGAAGACGUGGACACCUCGGAGCCCAUGUACGGGUGCGACAUCUGUGGGGCGGCCUACACCAUGGAGACCCUGCUGCAGAACCACCAGCUGCGAGACCACAACAUCAGACCCGGGGAGAGCGCCAUCGUGAAGAAGAAAGCCGAGCUCAUUAAAGGGAAUUACAAGUGUAACGUGUGCUCUCGAACCUUCUUCUCCGAAAACGGCCUCCGCGAGCAUAUGCAGACCCACCUAGGCCCGGUCAAACACUACAUGUGCCCUAUUUGUGGAGAGCGGUUCCCCUCCCUUUUGACUCUUACCGAACACAAAGUCACACACAGUAAGAGUCUUGAUACUGGAAACUGCCGGAUUUGCAAGAUGCCUCUCCAGAGCGAAGAGGAGUUUUUAGAGCAUUGCCAAAUGCACCCUGACUUGCGGAAUUCCCUGACGGGGUUCCGCUGCGUGGUCUGCAUGCAGACCGUGACCUCCACCUUAGAACUCAAAAUCCACGGGACAUUCCACAUGCAAAAGACAGGGAAUGGGUCCGCCGUCCAGACCACGGGGCGUGGCCAGCAUGUCCAAAAACUGUACAAGUGUGCGUCUUGCCUCAAAGAGUUCCGUUCCAAGCAAGAUCUGGUGAAACUUGACAUCAACGGCCUGCCAUAUGGUCUGUGCGCCGGCUGUGUGAAUCUCAGUAAGAGCGGCAGCCCAGGCAUCAACAUCCCUCCCGGCACGAAUAGGCCGGGCUUGGGCCAGAAUGAGAAUCUCAGUGCCAUUGAGGGUAAAGGCAAGGCGGGGGGACUGAAGACUCGCUGUUCUAGCUGCAACGUUAAGUUUGAGUCUGAAAGCGAACUCCAGAACCACAUCCAAACGGUCCACCGAGAGCUCGUGCCAGAUAGCAACAGCACACAGUUGAAAACUCCACAAGUAUCGCCAAUGCCCAGAAUCAGUCCCUCCCAGUCGGAUGAGGAUAUUGUCUUCUCUAUGACUGAAGAGAUCAGCGCUCAUGCCAGCACCACUGAGAUCUGGAAUCUCAGCAUAGCCUCACCGCGAGUUGAAAUCCCCAGCUAUGACUUGUGUGUAUGGCAGAGAGAUAAUGACAUAAAAGUAAGAUGCUAUGGGCCAACAUGCUGGCUUAGAGUAAAUUAAAAAGAAUAUAUAUAUAUUUGUGGAUAACAAAUUGGGUAGGGGUGGCUUUAUAAUACCAUGUUGUCAACACUCACUGUUUCUCUUUGUCUUCUGGGUGGGGAGCAAAAUAUUUUCGCACAACAGGAUUUUUUAAAAACCCCUACAUUUAUCAAGCGCCACAUGCCCAAUGUUCCUUUUCAAGGCAUCCCCUUAAAGAUCCCCGAGUCUUCACUCUCUGGGUUUGGGUUUCAAAAUUAAAGUGGAUUUUUUUUUCUUAGUUUGAGUGGUUUCAUGCCUUCUUUGCCAUAAUGAGUAUGAAAAAUAAGUUCAUUUACAACGAAAUAGUUUUAUAAGUCACCAGUCCUUGAAGCUGAGCAGAGGAUGGCUCAUUUUAUUAUAAUUUCUUUAUGCUUUAUCACCUGGUUUCUAAGAGUUCUUUCCACUUCCCUACCUGCCCCUAUCUGGAGAUCCAUCCAAAUGAAAACCCCAGGGAGAUCCAUCUCCCUUCAGUUUGGGGUCACUGCAUUUUUCUUAUCUUGUCUCUGCACUCACACCCUCUUGGAGGCCCCCCUGCACGUCCCCGCAGAUAGCCAUCAGUCAGCUGGUAGGGGAGAGCCGGGAAGACUGACACAGAGCCCAUCCUCCCGAAAUGUGGCAUCUGCGUGACAGGCAAGCUCCCAAACUUUGAAGCUGCUUUCCUUUCUCUCCUUCCAAGUAAAUCUGCACCUUUCUCUCAUUUAAAUAAAUGAAGUCCUUUCAAACUGAUGAGGACAGCUGGAAGAGCAUAGUUUUGAUAAUGGCUCCUGGCUCAUGUGUUGGGUCAGGUAGUUUCUUUUGGUAGUUCUAAUCAGAUGAAAUGAAUUAUUUUUUCCAAGUGUUUAUUUCAAACGUGUUUAAACCUACAGAAAAACUAAAGGAAUAACACAGUGUAUGUUGUGUGUUUGUGUAUCCAUAUCACAGAUUUACCGGAUAUGAAUAUUUUGUCACAUUUUUUUUCUCUCUCUCUGCAAUCUGUUUAUUAACCUGAACCACAUAAAAGUAAGUGUCAGACGUCAAGAUUUUCCUAAGCAGAAGGACAUUUUCCCAUUUAACCAUAUUAUUAGUUAAGGCAAUUAACUAAAUCAGUUAAAGAAAUCAAGUAGAUCUAUAAGUCAUCUAUAAGUUGUCCAUAUUCAAAUUUACCCAAUUGUCCCCAAAAUGUCUUGUUUUUAAAAUGCUUAUGAAUGAGAAUUUUAGAAAAAACAUUUAUGGAGAAAAUUACUUCUCUCCCCCCCUUUUUACUUUUGCUGUGCUUAACAUAUAGAGGGGAGUUUGUAUAUUCACGUUUAAUUUAAAUGGUGCAUAAAAUUGAUUUGAAAUGAUUGCAUUCGUGUGUGUGUGUGUGUGUGUGUGUGUGUGUGUGUGUGUGAUUGUGGUGGUGUGUUCAUUUAAAAUCAAGCAAAAUCGGGCUCUUGUUUCUUAGUAGAUUGUGGAAAGGCAUGUGCCUGUUUCUUCUCUGUUCCUGGCUUAUGUUUUCUGAUGUUCCUAAAUUGCUAUAUAUUAUUAUACCACUUGAGGUGAGAUUUAUUUUUUAAAUGAAGGAGGACAUAUGAAUAGUCUUUAUGUGUUAAUUUGGUUAGAGUUAUUUGCUUAGAGAACUUAUCAUUAACGGGUGGUCAAGUUUUUAAUUAUACCUAAAAUCUUCAUGAUGAAGUUUAACUAUAUCCUGCACUUAAAUAGAAUAAUGUAUAAGAUAUUUUUAAAAGCAGUACUUAAUUGUAAUUCUUU